AUAUGACGUCAGGAAAAACACUGUCGUAUCGUAGCCCCAAAAUUGUCUCUGAUCUGAUUCCUUUUUUAAAAUCGUUCUUUUAGGGUUCCUUCCCAGAUUUUGAUUUUAACCGGAAUAGUCACUUUCCUCCGGCGAUUGAGAGGCUAAUUCAUCCUCCGGGGAGGUUAAUUAAGAUGGAGGUAAUCACUCAUCCAACACCUCGAACUGUCGAUGAGGUCUUUACUGACUUAAGAGGUCGACGAGCUGGUCUUAUCAAGGCUCUCACCACCGAUAUGGUGAAGUUUUACCAAACGUGUGAUCCUGAGAAAGAGAACUUGUGCCUCUAUGGACUUCCUAAUGAGACAUGGGAGGUUAAUCUUCCCGUCGAGGAAGUUCCUCCUGAGCUUCCUGAACCUGCUUUAGGCAUCAAUUUCGCUAGAGACGGGAUGCAAGAAAAGGACUGGGUGUCUCUGGUCGCUGUUCACAGUGAUUCCUGGCUGCUUUCUGUUGCCUUCUACUUUGGUGCACGUUUUGGGUUUGGUAAGAAUGAGAGGAAGAAGCUCUUCCAGAUGAUAAACGAGCUCCCAACCAUUUUCGAGAUUGUAACGGGCAAUGCAAAGCAAUCCAAGGAUCUAUCUGGUAACAACAACACCAGUAGCAAAAGCAAAUCCAACGGCUUGAAGGUACCAAAGAUGUCAUCUCCACCGCCUAAAGAAGAAGAUGAGAGUGAGGACGAGGAUGAAGACGAUGAACAAGGUGCGGUGUGUGGCGCCUGUGGAGACAGUGACGGUACAGAUGAGUUCUGGAUCUGCUGUGACGCCUGCGAGAAGUGGUUCCAUGGGAAAUGUGUGAAGAUAACACCUGCUAAGGCAGAACACAUCAAGCACUACAAAUGCCCAAGCUGCAGUAACAAGAGAGCCAGGCCUUGAUGUAAAAGAAUUAGGAAGAAGGUGUGAAAGAAGGAGAAAGAAGUUUCCAGUUUAUUGAACGAGGGUUUUAGAAGAUGUAAGAAGGUUUUUAAAAAUACGCUUUAUGUUUAAAAUUGCUUAGUCUUUGUUUAUGGAUUGAGACUAUUUACAAUUUGAGUGAUGUCUUUCUUUGUUUUUCUUUGGAUUAUUUGUUGUUGUUGUUAAUGUCAAUGCACUACUGAUUUGGCCUGCUUAA